CGCUUCUGCACAUGCGCCGUUACGUCAUCCGUCCGCGACGCGCUCCGGCGCCCCUGCGUUUCCGGCUCCUGGAGUGUCCGCGUGAGUUUGAGCAAGUGCUUCUGAGCCUUUUGCUGUAGGGAGCUGGCGGAGUCGGGGGAGUCGUCCUGGGGAUCCGGGUGCCUCGGCGGACCCUCGGGGCCCCACAGAGACAUAAGGCAGAGUCACUGCAGCACCCUGACAUCGGUUCCAGACUAUUGACCCUGGGACAACAGUGCAACUAUAUGAAGUCAUGGCUGGUUAUAAACCUGUAGCGAUUCAGACGUAUCCUGUACUUGGUGAAAAAAUCACCCAAGACACUCUGUACUGGAACAAUUAUAAGACUCCUGUCCAGAUUAAGGAGUUUGGUGCAGUGUCCAAAGUAGACUUUUCUUCUCAGCCUCCGUAUAACUAUGCUGUCACAGCUUCUUCAAGAAUCCACAUUUAUGGCCGAUACUCUCAAGAACCUAUAAAAACCUUUUCCCGUUUUAAGGACACAGCAUACUGUGCUACAUUUCGGCAGGAUGGUCAGCUGCUGGUUGCUGGCAGUGAAGAUGGUGUGGUUCAACUUUUUGAUAUAAGUGGGAGGGCUCCCCUCAGGCAAUUUGAAGGCCAUACAAAAGCAGUUCAUACAGUAGAUUUUACAGCUGACAAGUAUCAUGUGGUCUCCGGUGCUGAUGAUUAUACAGUUAAAUUAUGGGAUAUUCCAAACUCCAAAGAAAUUCUGACAUUCAAAGAUCAUUCUGAUUAUGUGAGGUGUGGCUGUGCCAGCAAGCUGAAUCCCGACCUCUUUGUAACAGGGUCAUAUGAUCACACUGUGAAGAUGUUUGAUGCCCGGACAAAUAAGAACGUUCUCUGUGUGGAGCACGGGCAGCCAGUGGAGAGUGUCCUGCUUUUCCCCUCUGGAGGUCUCCUGGUGUCUUCAGGAGGUCGUUAUGUUAAAGUCUGGGACUUGUUGAAAGGAGGACAGUUGCUCGUGUCUUUGAAAAAUCAUCAUAAGACUGUGACAUGCUUGUGUCUGAGCAGCUCUGGACAGAGGUUACUCUCCGGCUCACUGGAUAGGAAAGUCAAGGUCUACAGUACGACUUCUUACAAAGUGGUCCACAGCUUUGACUAUGCAGCUUCCAUCCUGAGUCUGGCACUGUCUCAUCAAGAUGAGACAAUAGUUGUGGGAAUGACCAAUGGAAUACUGAGCGUUAAACACCGGAAAUCUGAAGCAAAGAAGGAAUCUCUUUCAAGAAGAAGGAGGCCUGCAUACCGAACAUUUAUUAAAGGAAAAAUUUACGCGAAGCAACGGGAUGAUAUCGUGAUCAACAGGCCAGUAAAGAAACACCUAGAAUGGUAUGACAGGGACCUGAAAAGUUUUCGGAUCUCAAAGGCACUUGACAGGGUCCUUGAGCCGAAUUGUGUAAUAAAGACGCCCGAGGUUACAGUUUCCAUCAUAAAGGAAUUGAAUCGGAGAGGAGUCCUAGCCAAUGCUCUUGCAGGUCGGGAUGAGAAGGAAAUUACCCGGGUUCUGAACUUCUUGAUAAGGAAUCUGUCUCAGCCGAGAUUUGCCCCUGUUCUGAUUAAUGCUGCUGAAAUAGUCAUUGAUAUAUAUCUGCCUGUGAUUGGCCAGUCACCAGUAGUUGAUAAAAAGUUUAUAGUACUUCAAGGACUCGUAGAAAAAGAAAUUGAUUACCAAAGAGAACUCCUGGAAACUUUAGGGAUGAUGGACAUGCUGUUCGCUACCAUGUCAAGGAAUGACAGUGCCUCUCUGUUGGGGCAUGUGCCUGCUGAACUCCCAGAGAAGACAGAGUCACCGUGUCAGCCCGGUGACACAGACAAGAACUCCUAACUCUUAAUUACUGAGAAGAAAGCAUCAAGACAUCCAAUAAGAUAAUUUACAGGAGUCUCAUCAAAGAGACUGGAUUAAUUAUAAUUGGGAAAUAAGUACCUGUUUCAAGACGUGGUUUUCCAUGUAUUAAUUUGAUUUGUCUUGUGACGUCUUCCACUAGAAGAUCUUAGUUGUCUCGGUCAGAGUGUCUGUCGACCUUGGAUGAGUUGAUACUGAUUUUAAUGUAGCCAAACCCUUGGUUAUUGUGGGCCCUCAUGUGACCAGCUGGAGAGGGUUCCAAGUGGAGCCCUGCCAAGGGAACAGAACCUUGGUUUUUCUUUUGUUUUCUACUUCUAGCCUGAGAAAUACCAAGAACAACAGCAACGCAAACCUUUCUCUGUACUCAAUGCCCCUGAGAACUUUCACCCCUCUUCCUGGGGUCUUCGAAGUCCUGGUCACACAUUCUCACCAGCUGCUUGUGGGACUGUCUUGCAAGUGUGGCAGAUUGCUGCUCCUGGAAGCCUUUUUAGGUGUGAUGAGUCUUUGUCACCUAUGAACUGUGCUCUCAACUGGUGUUUUCUUUAGUCUUGCCUGUCUCUGCUUUGCAGGACAAAGUCCAGAGAGACCUGACUGAACCAGACUCCUUCCCUCCUCGCAGUCCGUUGCCUUGCUUCCAUCCUCAGCUGCCUCAGGUCUGUGAGAAGGGCUGUCCUUCCCCUAUGGCAAUGGCCUUUUAGCCCAUACGUGUGUUGGACGCACAUCCCGCAUGUGUGGCCUUCUGACGAUCCUCUCUCCUGCAUUUCCACUUCUUUUCUCCUCAGUGUGUGGGUCCCAACCUCAAACAGGAGCGGUUUGCUUUGAAAAAUUGUGUUCUUGAAAGUUCAUUGUAAACUAUAUUUUUUAUAAAGAGAUUCUUUUCGUCUUCUUGGCUUUCUGAGGUGUCUCAAUUCCUGAUGACAGUCAGUGGCUGGUGACCAGCAUGCUGAUCCACAGCUAUCGCUGCCCUACCUUCCUUCCUUCAGUUACCGUCCUUAGGUUAGCAGUGUGUCUGGGGACCGCAUCCCGAGCUAAAGGAGUCCUGGGGGAAAGAUUUUGUCAUGAAUCACUUUUGCGAAUUUAGAUUCCCUUAAAGCAGAAGAGUAGGGAUAUGUCUGGAAUGUUCUGGUGUGGACACAAGCUCAACAAUAGGGUACAGUUCCCUUUAGUGAGCUGAAGCAAUUGUGCGAUAUGAUACUGUGUCUUGUGAGAACCCUGGAGCUUUCUUUUUUGAGUAGUUACAACAUUAGUCACAAAUGGGAGCCUGUGCUUUAAGGUUGAGAAGGUUGACUUACUUAAAUACAGCUAUUGAAGUAAAUCUUCCUAAGUAUGCAGAGUUUGCUCGAGCAGUUGUGAUCCUAAAGCUGUAGCUGCUGUGUCGUGUUGUCCCUCCCCCCCACAUACUCCCCACCCGUAACUCUGGAGCGUUUCCUGGCUGUCACUUCAUUUAAUUCUCCUCACAACUACCCAAGUGCCAGUCAUUCUCUUGUAUGUUAAAUUAAAGUGGCUCAACUCCCCAGAUUUGAGUUCCUUAUCCCUGCAUUGUGCUCUCCUGUAGGACCCUAACUACUCACUCCCUUUGACAAACUAAGAGAGCUGCAGCUCCUGUGUAAAAUUUAUAGUAAUUACAAAUCCCUGAAAGGAUUAGGAGACUAUCCCACAGUCCUCCAUGCAAUUAUGUUAAGGAGUUUUUGUUUGUUUUGUUUUUUGAGACAUGGUUUCACUGUAUAGCCCUGGCUGUCUUGGAACUCACUCUGUAGACCAGGCUGGCCUCAAACUCACAGAGAUUUAUGCCUCUGUCUCUUUCAGUUCUGGGAUUAAAGUUGUGUGCCACCACACUCAACUCAGUUGUUUUUAUAUUCAUUGAAACUAUUAACUUGCUAUGUGGAGUGUUUUAACAUAAUUGACAUAUUUCAAUAUAUAAUGGCCUCUUGCCAUUAUGCUUAAUGACUUCUUAGACUUGUGUUUCUUAGUCGGGAAGUAUUUGAUAUUUUACUUUGGUUGCAAAAAUAAUGAAAUGUUGCUGGAACUUAGUUAUUUUUGUUUAAUUUAUUAUGUUAACUCAGACUUAAACAUAUGGGAAGGUGUUUGUUUCUAGCCAAAUUUCUCAAAUGCCUGUGCUGUUAAAUUGCUUAAGGAAUUGAUGUCAAAUGGGAUGGUUAGGAACUCCACUGAUUGAACUGAAAUGAAUUCUACCAAACAUUAAUUAAAGACUCCCUUGAAUGUCAUUUUCUCAGUGGAAUGCUUCCAAGGUAAAAAGUUAAGAAAAAAUUGACCAUGUCUAACUAUGUCUGAGGUUGAAUAGUUUUACCUUUGAACAAAGUAUCCCUGAGAAACCGAAAACCAUUUGCUGGCAGAUGAUGUUAUUUAUCUAUCUAUUCCUUUGGCCAUGGUUGCCUGGACCAGGGGUGGUAUACCUGACUCAGGCUAUGUAUACAAGUCCAUAUUUACAGUGAACUUGUUCUUCUAGGUCAAAAAAAUCUGUUUCUUAACCCGUGGGCCACACACCCUUUGGCAAACCUCUAUCUCCAAAAGUAUUUAUAUUACCAUUCAGAACAGUAGCAAAAUUAUAGUUAUGGAUUAGUAAUUAAAUAAUUUUAUGGUUGUGGUCACCACAACAUGAGGAACUGUACUAAAGGGUUGCAAUACUAGAAAAGUUGAGAGCCACUGCUCUGGGGAGAUGUGGGAGGCUGGGAAUGCUAUGUUGUGGUCUUCAGCAGAGAAAGCAGUUUCCAGAAUGCAUCUUAUAUGAGGAGAAAAUAAAGCCAAUGACUGCCCUACCUCAGCAGACAGAAAACCUGUCCUUGGUCCUGCUGGCUUUCCCUUCCCAUUAUCUUACCUGUACUUCCUCUUCCUCUACGAAGUUCUUUUGGAACUCUCAAUAAAUAUAUUUUUCCUA